AAAUUUCUAUUGAGCCAGCUUCAAAUGCCACACCUAAUGUCAAGCAGAAAAAUAAUUCGGUUCUAAAUGAGAAGACCACACCUUUUAGUCUAAAAAAGCCGUUCUCAUCAAGGUUGUCAUUGUGUGGUAUCAUGCCAAAACUACCGAAACGAGCUUCAACUGUAACUCCAAACAAAACUGUGACCAUUGGUUUUAAUGAUUUACGAUGUCUACAACUAGAGAAACAUUUUGAUGUUGUUGAACAAAAUGGCAAAUGCAAAACAGUCAAUAUUAAUGACGAAGAGUUACCUGAAAUGAGCAGUGAAGACGAUAUAUCAGGGAGUCUUGAAAAUUGGCCAAUUAACAAGCAAGAUGACCUGGAUGGCUCUUUGGCUGUACCUAUAAAGGAAGAGCUUUUUGAGGAUGAGGUCUUUGAGGCAGACACGAGCACGAGUCCAUGCUUUAAAAGGCCUUAUCCAGAGGAAGAUGCUAAUACAUCAGAACAAACCAAGAAAGCCAACAUUUCUGACAUGGGGCCUGGCUGUCAUGAAGCUGCUGUACAGUGGGAAGGUAAUUUUACACGGCAUGCUGCUCAAAAUCCCAAGGCAAAGAAAAUUGAAGAUACAGGAGUCUCUGAGUCCACUCUCAGAUACUCACAGUUUGACUCUCAUAUGGAUGGGACACUGGAUAAUGAAUUUGAUUUCAACAAGAAACUUGAGGACGGAAGCAUCACAGUGACUGAGUUCCUAAGCCACUUUGGUAUCAACUUCGUCAUCCACAGAUCUAGAGCAAGUGCUCUUCCUGACAAUUUUAGGGCUGGUGAAGCAUGCACAAUGGAAGAUUUACUCAAAGAGAAAUACAUAUACCAUCCCAAGCAGAGAGUAUAUGAGCAAGACUGUAAGAACCUCACAGAGAUAGUGGACAGACUUAAAGAACAAAUGCCUGAGCAAGAGAAAUCCCUGGGAUGCAUCAAUGGAGCCCUUCAGCAACAGAUAUGUACUCUCUCUAAAGAACAAUUAAAAAGCUUUGGAUCCAAGUUGAAAGAGCGAAGACUUUACUUUGGAAAGAGAAGCAAGGCACAUUCUCAUGAAAUGAAAGGAGUCUUGUACUCGGAGCUCAUUAAAACUACACAGGAUGCAAAGCAAAGCCUGCUAUCUAAAAUCAAAGAGACAGACUGUAUUAUUGAAAACUUGGAUGGAUGCAUUAAUGAUUUAGAAACUGAGCUUGCAACUGUAGAGUCCAUGAUUAUGGGAGAUCAUCUUGAUGCUCCUCAAACCAGACCAGCCUUAAAAGCCAAGGAAGAGGAUUUGAAAAGGCUUAAUUCAGAUAUCACUGUGAAGGAGAGGAAAAUUGGUGAGCUGGAGAUUCGGCUUAGGACUUUGGAGGGCCAACAGGAAAAGCUGCGAGGAGAAUCAAGUAGCCUUAAGAGUCAUCUUGCAACCUUGAACAGUUUGAACGAGUGGCGUCUUGAUGCGACAGAUGAAAGGGGGGCCUUGUUUACCUUCCUUCACAACACUGUGCAUCUGCAGGUGAACCUGCAAAUACCUGCUGGAACGAAAUGGAUGACUGAGGAUGUGGAGCGAAGUGUUGAUGUAUGCUUACAGUUGCAGCUGGAUGUGGAAAAGUCUGAGUGUCAUGCAAGCAUGGUUCACAAGUUACUCACACUAUACUGUCAGUCUCAAACUCAAUGGACACAGAGGUACCCGACUACCCGACAUAUACCAGAGAUGCUUCAUGACAUUAGUUUGGUGGUGGGUCGUCUCAGGCUCUUAGGUGAGGAGAUUCACCGGCUGAAGAAGUGGGGAGGAUUGAAGCUUCGUAUCCUGAAGAUCACCUGUAUAGACACUCAAGUUCAUAUUGUCUUCUCAAGUCUGAAAGCGUUUGAAAAAUUUGAGUUAAGUCUGAUGGUCACUCCAGACUAUCCCUUUGGACCACUUCACAUACAGGAGUUCAAAAAACACAUGGGGAAUACGAGGUUGAGUCAAAUUGAAGACAUCCUUUCAUCAGUCAAACCAGCCAAGAACUAUCUGACAAAAAUCCUCAAGAAGAUCCACGAUGAUCUCCUGUGCUAAAAAACUCAAGUCUUGUUUACUCUUUUCUUUUCAGUCUUUUAAAUGUUUGUAUAUAUUGACGUUCGUAUAAUCAAAACAUAAUAAUUAAAAAUGUAGCCACAAACCACA